UUAUAAAAUAACAAGUGGCAUCUUUUCACAGAAAUGAAAUGUGGAAAUGGCAUUCAAUCGUGUGAUAAACAAGAAAUAUGUUUCCCCACUAACACUAUACUACAUCAGUUUGUGGCUAAAUAGUGAAUGGGGGGUCUGUGUUUGUGUGUGUUGGGGGUCGUAUUUGCAGUCACACAGAUUUAUUGAGGAAUGUGUGUAAUUUUGAUUUGAGUUGUUGUGGCCGCCUCACCCACUGGCCUGGGAGUGUGGGAAAUCUAAUCUUGCCCAGGACUCAUGCCUUUGUAAUGCUAAUGAGGUCCUAUAAAUAGGGCAGUGUGCCUCAUGACAGACCAGUUGCCUUCUGACAGACACACGCUCACUCUCUCUGCUAGAAUGGCACCUAUCAGCUCUAACUUGACCAACUCUAAACUCUCCAACAAGGAAAAACACAGAAUGAGAAAACCAGUUGUGGAGAAGAUGCGCAGAGAUCGCAUCAACAGCAGCAUUGAGCAGCUCAAGGCCAUGCUGGAGAAGGAGUUCCACAAGCAGGACCCCAACACUAAGCUGGAGAAAGCUGACAUCCUGGAGAUGACAGUGGCCUUCAUGAAGCAGCAACUGCAGUCCCAAAGCUCGGCCCCCCAGCGGGCCCACAGCGACGGCUACUCCCAGUGCUGGCGGGAGACGUUGCAUCUCCUGUCUGUCAACUCCAACGUGGACUCCGCACCCCUGCGUCUCAGCCACUGCCACAGCAUCCUGAAUGCUCCCAGGAGUUUCUCUCCAGCAUCUCCAGUCAUCUCUGUCAAACACAGCCAAACACCAGUGAAGCAAGGAGCAGUCACACAGAAGUCAGUCUGGAGGCCCUGGUAAAGAAACUGCUCGAGCUCAUGUAAAUCUGAUCAAGACAACCCAACAUACCUGUUAUAAUAGAAAUGGACAUGAAUGGUGUGAAAUGUCCAUUAAGUCUGCACUUAUAAAGAAGCAUUUGUAUGACAUCUGUCAGUAAGGCAUGUGUGUGACCUUUCAAUUGCUGUACAUCUUGAAGAUGAAGAUUGUGCUAUUGCUCUUCUCUGACUCUAGCAUGUGAUUCCUGUGGAGUUACUGUAAUUUGUCUGUAUUUGAAAAUAUACUUUGAACAACUUGUUUAAAAUGUGUUUACCUUCUGUGAAGGAUUUAUUAUAGGUGCCUGUAGCAUCUUUUAAGACUUCAGUCUCUAAUUGACAUUUGUAAUGUACA